CAGCGGCGUCAGCCCUAAUCAUAGUAAGCCGGCUCAAAUAUAUAUAAAUCCUAACUCUAAAUAAGCCGCAGCGGCAUUGCAAAACCCUAAUUCCCAUUCAGUCUCUUUUCCGCAAGAGAAGAUGUCGGUUGGAGAGCUCGCUUGCACCUACGCUGCUUUGAUUCUUCACGACGAUGGAAUCCCCAUCACUGCGGAGAAAAUCUCGACACUGCUGAAGGCUGCGAAUUUGUCGGUUGAAUCGUACUGGCCUAGUCUCUUCUCUAAGCUUUGCGAGAAGAGGAAUGUCGAGGAUCUUAUCGUGAAUGUCGGCGCUGGUGGUGGCGGUGGCGCCGUUGCAGUCGCUGCUCCAACUGGCGCUGCCGGUGGUGCCGCUGCUGCAGCUGCCCCUGCUGCAGAGGAGAAGAAGAAGGAGGAGGAAAAAGAGGAAAGUGACGACGACAUGGGCUUUGGUUUGUUUGAUUAAGAGAAGUUAGUUUGAAUGUGCAUUUUUGUUCUACAUUUGUAUACGUGGAGUUGUUGGCCAAAUUUGAACCUUGUUUAUAAGUAGUUUAUGUCUUACUUUAAUGCAGUGUUACUACUGCAUGUAUCUUUUGACAGUUGUGGUGCUCGAUUUUGCCGUUUACUAGAUUUUAACUGGAUUCUUUUGCUUCUGUUGUGUCCA